AUCUAAGAGGGAUGUUCCCACACGGAGGGGCUCAUUGGUGUGAAUUCGCCUUCUUGGGUUCCCGCGAGGCUCGGGUUGGGCGACGUAAACCCCAAACACAGGCGCGGCCGCGCCGUGCCCUCCUCGAGGAAAAAAAACCCUCCGACUGCCUCGGCCCACAACCGGUCGGGACUUCGCCUGGGAAGCGGCCGGAAGCGGCCGGAAGCGGAAGCGGGACUGCGGCUGGAGCGCCUGCGCGAGCGGGAGUCAUCGCCCGCCACGUUCCUUGUGAUAACGGCCCCGCGUUGACCAGUUGGUCACCUGUGAAAGCGCGGCCCAUGGCGCCAGUGUCCCGGUCUCGCUCUCCCGAGGACACCCCGGGCUCCCAGAGACGGCGACGCAGCUCGCCGGGAAGCAGCCGUUCCCUCUCUCAGACCCGCGGCCGUGAGAUCCUCGGGCCUCCGUGCGGUAGGUCGGCCGGCGCUCCUUACCUCCGCCGUGACUCUGGGUCUCGAGAGCCCCCUGUGCUGCACAACUACGCUUUCUCGUCCGCUUCCUCCACGUACUGCGGAGGACACCGGUACCAUCACCACAAUUACGCGGGCGACCGGCAGUGGGCGGAGCACUACGACGUGAAGGAGAGCUACCGGCAGAGGCGGCUGAAAGAGAGGGAAAGGAUCGGGGAGCUGGGAGCUCCUGAGGUGUGGGGCCUGUCUCCGAAGUACCCAGAGCCGGAUUCUGAUGAACACAGCCCAGUUGAAGGUGAAGAUGUGAAAACUCAGAAGGUCAGCAGCAGUUCAGAUUCCAGCUCCGAAGAAAAAAGGAAAAAGAAGGCCAGUCAUUCAAAAAACAAGAAAAGAAAGAAAAAGUCCAAAAGAAAAUAUAAGAAAUAUUAUGGUAAUGGUGACAGUAAUUCAGACUCUGACACUAAUUGUAGCUCUGAUGAAGGGAAAAAGAGAGCCAAGAAAGCCAAGAACAAAGAAAAGAAAAAGAAACACAGAGGCGGAAAUUGCAAGAAAAAGAAGAGUAAAAAGACUGGAAAAGAACCGAAUGACUCAAGUUAUAAAGAUUGUGAAGGGGAGUUGCCAGAAGAUAACUGGAUUGAGCACUCAGAUAUUACAGAUACCAUGGAUCUCAUCGGUCCAGAAGCACCUGCAAUUCACACCUCGCAAGAAGAGAAGCCUUUGAACUAUGGCCAUGCGCUGCUCCCAGGUGAAGGCGCAGCCAUGGCAGAGUAUGUGAAAGCUGGAAAGCGGAUCCCACGAAGAGGUGAAAUUGGGCUGACGAGUGAAGAAAUUGCUUCAUUUGAAUGCUCAGGCUAUGUUAUGAGUGGCAGCAGGCAUCGCAGAAUGGAGGCUGUACGACUGCGUAAAGAGAACCAGAUCUACAGUGCAGAUGAGAAGAGGGCCCUCGCAUCCUUUAACCAAGAAGAGAGGCGUAAGAGAGAGAAUAAUAUUCUGGCCAGUUUCAGAGAGAUGGUGUACAGAAAGACAAAAGGGAAAGAUGACAAAUAAGGACUUUUGUUCUAUAGCAAGACUUUGAACAACAAUUUUCUAUGACCAAAGUAGUAUUUAAAGGCUUUAUGGUGCUACUGUACCUAUGUUAAUAAAUUGUUGAAGAAAAACCUGCUUUUUGAGGUCUCUAGCAAUUUUUUAUUUCAAUUUAAAAAGUAUUAUGUGACCAUGGUUUUAAACAUAUUCAAACACUACAGGAGAGUCAGUAAAAUGUGUCUUCACUGAAGUCCCUGAUCCUUCUCUCAAAAGUAACCAAUCUCUCAAUCUCUCCCUCCCGCCCCCCUCGGUGUAUUCUAUAUCUGUCCAUGAGUUCUUUGUACAUACAGGCAUAAUGUUGCAGAAAAAAGAUUGGAGCUAAUAACCCAAAGGGGGUUUGUUUCUCUUGUUGCCCUGACUGCUGUCUGUGAAGAUUUCAUUUAUUUGCCCCAAGGGGAACCAGAAAAACUCCACAAAGAAGAAAGGAUUCAAUCAAUUGUAUAUUUUUAGUUGCAUUUAACAGACUGAGUUUUUAAAAAUAGAGGUCUGCUGACAUACAACCGAAGUGUGGCAGGACAGUUUUCCUGCAUGGCUAUAAUAGGACAUUGGCUUCUUUCCUCUUUGUUCUCUAUGAAUCAUUUCCCUCUUCAAGCUGGUUUCUCUCAGAAGAAAAGGUCAGCAAAAGCUCCUCAGUUAGGUUAUAUAUUUCCUGGUCCACCUCUAAAAAGAUAAAACAUUUUUUUGUUUUAGCAUUGCAAACAAUCCUGAGAUUCAUCCUAAUUGGAUUAGGUUAGGUCACAUGCCCAUCAUAAAAAAAAUGUUGCUGCCAGGGAAAUAGAAUAGCUUACUUCUGGAGCUGUUGGUUUCAUCUGUUUAUGGGCUAUGUGGGGAAGGAAAGGAUUCCUAAAUGAAAAUCAGGGUAACAUUGGGAAGGGGGAUAGGCAACCAAUAAGUGCCCACUACAAUUUUGAAUGAUUUCUAAAUAUAUUUUAUUGG